ACGGAUUUGGUGUCGGGUAGAGUGUAUAUCUGUUCUCGGAACGAGGAUUGCAUUCUUUUCUCAUUUGCUCGGUUCUUGAAACUCUAUUCUAAUGAUAAGGUAUCAUGCGGAAUUUGCUUCGUCGGUGUGCCGUACUUAAUUGUCCGAUGGGCGAAGACAAUGUAGGAUUGUGGAUCAGAAAAGAAAAAGACUCAUAUGGUAAAUGCAUAGAUUGUAGAAGGUUUGGUGUUUUUGAUGAUCUAAAAGAAUUAGAUCGGGCGGAUGCAGAAACUCAGUUGCCGAGCGGGGGAGGGAGAUAAAAACCUGAGGAUAUCUACAUGCUUUUCUUCCCUUUUUUCCUUAGCUUUCGCGGCCUGUUGAGAGGAGGGGUGGGUUUGAAGCAGAGAAAUAUUACCUGAGAUUUCAUAAUUUGUAGAACCUAGUACUACAGGGGUGACGGAUGUGCCAGCUUCCCUUUGGGUCCAUCAGUGGACAUGAUAGCUUAUUGGUUUUAUUAUCUGCAAACCUAUACUGGAUAACUUCACUAGAAAGAAUUCCAGCAUUGGAACUAUCAGUGAAUGCUGCUGAAGUUGUAUUAUGAUCUGUAUUGAGUUGAAGCAAAUUAAUACUCAAGCUCAACUCAAGGCAAUUAUGCAUGGCUAGAUACUCGAGCUCAAUCUAGCAUGAUUUCUCAUGCGACUCGCUUUUACUCAUUUACAUCCUGAGAGGGGGAAUUGAUGAUUUUCAAGGUUAAUGCUAUAAAUGAUAAUGACAGAUCUUGUGUGCAGAAGUGUGGGGCAAUUAAGUCUAACUGGUAGAAACAGGCCCCAGUCCCACAACACAUAAAAGACUUGGUAUGUACCAAAUCAAAUGGUAUAAAAGCUUACAAAGCUGCCCAUUUUCCAAUUAGUUUAUGAGGUUUUGACACAGUGAAGAACUCAGUAUUGAUGGGAGGCUUAGAUGACAGGGUUAAUUUUGAUAACUUCUGGUUAUCUGAGAAUAUAGAUUUUAGAAUGCAAGUUUCUGAAGAAAGAUCCUAAAUUUAGGUAAUUUGCAGAGAGGUUCAUGGAAAUGGGACUAACUUACUAAACCUCAAGGGAUAAAUCUAGUUUUUGGGUAUGACAUGGUGCCACACGUUCAAAUGCCUCAGUCCUCUGGAAUCUGCUUUUCUCAACUCCCCAUUCAGCACAUCCACAUUAGAGUUUUUGCUGAAGUGAGGAGUCAACAAUGUGGUUUUGGUUGAGCUAUUGGCAGUUUAAAGCAAAGUGGGAAAUGGCUAAUGUCCUGUGAAAGGACUUCUCUCAUUUUUUGCUUGUUAUCUUCUGGUUCAGGUCGUCUGGACUUACCUUAUUGUGGAAAUAUCUGAUGCUUGAUGGAUGAUGAUAUUGGGAAAAUAAAGGUUAUCCCAGAUUAUUUCCAGCCGUCAACAAGUGAAGACUCUUCUCCUCCAAACAAACCUCCAGUCAAAUCGCCACCAAGGACGGAAAAUUGUUUGAGGUCCGACAGCUAUCUCUGGCCUAAAAAACGUUUUAGAGGUGCGGGUUUCAUGUUGAACUUGUUGAAUCUAAAGGGCCUGCCAUGGGGAUCUGGUGCGGAUGGUCAGGAAAAGGUUGAGCUAACUGCUGCUGAACUCGAAUCACUUAGAACACAACUCGCCGAAUUAGAAGAAAGGGAGGCCCACUUGAAAGCACAGUUGGAACAUGUAGAUGAGAUAUUACGGUUUGCUCGUCUGUCUGGCUACCUGCAUAUCCGAACUAGAUGGAAGCCACUGCCAGGAGAACCUCCUCCUAUUGAUGAUACAGAUGUUGAUGACUGGCUUCCACGCUUUGUUGUUCUCCACGGAACAUGCAUCUUUUUUUAUAUGGUUUGUACAGAUUUAAGUCCCCAGGACUCCGCUCUGCUAUCUGAUAUUGUUGAAGUGGAUUCCUUGCCGUGCUUCAUAAGAGAAGAAGAUACGCAAUACUCCUUCUACAUAUUGACUAGGCAAGGGUUGAGAUACGAGUGCUCAAGUGCUUCCAAAAUACAGGUGGACUCUUGGUUGACUGCCCUACAAGCCGACUGCAAGUCGAAGUCCGAUACGAAAUCGGCCUCCCGCGCCGCCAGGACCCUCCUCUCGGCUUCCAAGCAGGCCCGCUUCUACUCCGAGGGAAGAGCAGCUGCGGCAGCUGCAGCAGUCACAAUUGCUGGGAAGUCAUCGAUCUUAUCUUCAACUUUUGCCCGGGCUGGUUCGGCAAAUGCGUCUAGAGGAUGGAUCACCGGAGCUCUUGCACUUCCUGCUGCAGUUUACAUGCUCCAGGAGCAGGAGGCUCAUGCUGCUGAGCUGGAGCGCUCUUUCAUUGCUAUCAAACCCGAUGGAGUACAGAGGGGGCUGAUUUCUGAGAUCAUCUCACGUUUUGAGAGGAAAGGAUUUAAGCUAGUUGCCAUCAAAGUUGUUGUGCCCACAAAGGACUUUGCACAGAAGCAUUAUCAUGAUCUCAAAGAAAGACCGUUCUUCAAUGGGCUUUGCGACUUCCUCAGCUCUGGCCCUGUUGUUGCUAUGGUCUGGGAAGGUGAGGGAGUCAUAAAGUAUGGCAGGAAACUUAUCGGGGCGACCGAUCCCCAGAAAUCAGAACCAGGCACGAUCAGAGGAGCUGCGGUCGUAGUUGGAAGGAACAUCAUCCACGGAAGUGAUGGCCCGGAGACAGCCAAGGACGAGAUCAGCUUGUGGUUCAAGCCAGAGGAACUGGUUAAUUACACUAACAACGCGGAGAAGUGGAUCUAUGGAGAGAACUAAGUCGGAUUUUUCCUUAUUUUGUUUCCCGGGCAUUUAGAUGCCAUAUGAAGAGGGGGAUUAGAAUCAUAAGAUAAGAGAAUAAAAUUAAUAAUUCUGUCGCGGCAGAGUGCCAACAUCGAUCUCCAUAAACAAUCGACAUGGCUGGAGCUCUAGCAAUAAUUUAUGUCGCGGAUUUUCGAAUUGAUUCAUUUGAUGGCAGUUCCGUUUAUCAUUC